CCUCCGGAGCGGCGCGCAUGAUGGCGGCAGCCGGCGUAGUGGAGGUGAGCAGCGCCGGCAGCAGCACCGAUACUUCCAGCACGGGCGAGGAGGAGAGGAUGAGGCGCCUCUUCCAGACCUGCGACGGCGAUGGGGAUGGCUUCAUCAGCAGGAAUGACUUGCUGAUGGUGUGCCGCCAGCUGAAUAUGGAGGCGUCUGUUGCAGAGAUCAUGUGCCAGCUGGGAGCAGAUGAAAAUGGAAAAAUUUCCUUCCAGGAUUUUAGUCAGUGCCACAUGGAACUGGUACAGGAAAUCAAGAAGGAGGAAGUGGAGCUUUCUGUGAAAUCUGAUGACUCUUGUAAAAAGAAAAAGUUAAGGGAUAGAGUAGCUUCCUGGCCAACUAGCAGCAAUAACAGUUUAGGUGCCUUAUCAGGAGCCAGAGAGAGCUGGGAGUAUGAUUCAGGAGCGAGAGAUCUUCAGAGUCCUGACCUCCAGAGUAAUUUUCCUCUACAAAAGGUGUUGGAGUAUGGUGGAAGCAAUGUGACUCAACAGGCUCCUCUGCAAAGACUUCUAGCCCAGGCCUUAAAUUGUAGCAACUCUGUUGGAGGAAGCUACCUAGAACUUGCCAACACUCUUCAUUUAGCAGCCCUGGCUUCAUUAAAGGGAGACAUCGUGGAGCUUAAUAAGCGUCUACAACAAACAGAAAAGGAGCGCGACCUGUUGGAAAAGAAACUGGCAAAAGCACAGUGUGAGCAGUCCCACCUGAUGAGAGAGCAUGAGGAUGUCAUUGCCGAGCUCAACAAGAAAAUCGACCGGCUGCAGGGAGCAACCAUAAGGGAGGAGGAUGAGUACUCAGAGCUGCAGUCGGAGCUGAGCCAAAGCCAGCAGGAGGUUAACGAAGACUCUCGCAGCAUGGACCAGAACUCUGUCUCGGUGCCAGAGAACCAGUCCACCAUGGUCACUGCAGAUGUGGAUAACUGUAGUGACUUGAAUUCAGAACUGCAGAGAGUGCUGACAGGUCUGGAAAAUGUUGUCUGUGGGAGGAAGAAAAGCAGCUGCAGUUUAUCAGUGGCAGAAGUGGACAGGCACAUUGAACAACUCACUACUGCCAGCGAACACUGUGAUUUAGCCAUUAAGACCGUGGAGGAGAUUGAGGGUGUGCUGGGACGUGACCUUUAUCCAAACCUGUCUGAGGAGAGGUCUCGGUGGGAGAAGGAGCUGGCUGGCCUGCGGGAAGAGAAUGAGAGCCUCACAGCCAUGCUGUGCAGCAAAGAGGAGGAGCUCAACAGGACCAAGGCCACCAUGAAUGCUGUCCGUGAGGAGAGGGACAGGCUGCGUAGAAGGGUUCGGGAGCUGCAGACUCGGCUGCAGAGCGUGCAGGCCACGGGCCCGUCCAGCCCGAGCCGCCUCACUCCUGCCAACCGCCCCGUCAACCCCAGCACGGGAGAGCUCAGCACCAGCAGCAGCAGCAAUGACAUUCCCAUUGCCAAGAUUGCUGAAAGAGUGAAGUUGUCAAAGACAAGAUCAGAGUCUUCAUCAUCUGAUAGACCUGUCUUAGGAUCAGAAAUCAGCAGCAUAGGGGUGUCCAGUACCGUGGCUGAACAUUUGGCGCAUUCCCUUCAAGACUGCUCAAACAUCCAGGAAAUCUUCCAGACUCUCUAUUCACAUGGAUCUGCUAUCUCUGAAAGCAAAAUCCGGGAGUUUGAAGUGGAGACAGAGAGAUUAAAUAGCCGUAUUGAACACUUGAAAUCCCAGAACGACUUGCUGACAAUAACACUGGAGGAGUGCAAGAGCAACGCAGAGAGGAUGAGCAUGCUUGUGGGCAAGUACGAGUCCAAUGCCACAGCCCUCAGGCUGGCACUGCAGUACAGUGAACAGUGCAUAGAAGCAUAUGAGCUGCUGUUGGCAUUGGCAGAAAGUGAGCAGAGUCUCAUUCUUGGACAAUUCAGAGCUGCAGGUGUUGGUUCUGUUGGGGACCAGACAGGUGAUGAAAAUGUCACACAGAUGCUUAAAAGGGCUCAUGACUGCAGGAAGACAGCUGAGAAUGCAGCAAAAGCCUUGCUGAUGAAGCUGGAUGGGAGCUGUGGGGGAGCCUAUGCAGUCACAGGCUGUAGCGUGCAGCCCUGGGAAAGCCUGUCCUCCAACAGCCACACCAGUACUACCAGCUCAACCGCAAGCAGUUGUGACACAGAGUUUACAAAGGAGGAUGAGCAACGGCUGAAGGAUUACAUCCAGCAGCUGAAAAACGACAGGGCAGCAGUGAAACUGACAAUGCUGGAGCUGGAAAGCAUCCACAUUGAUCCCCUUAGUUAUGAUGUUAAGCCACGUGGAGACAGCCAGAGGCUGGACCUGGAAAAUGCAGUCUUGAUGCAGGAACUCAUGGCAAUGAAGGAAGAGAUGGCAGAGCUCAAGGCACAGCUUUACCUACUGGAGAAGGAGAAGAAGGCUUUGGAAUUAAAGCUGAGCACUCGAGAGGCCCAGGAGCAGGCCUACCUCGUCCAUAUUGAGCACUUGAAGUCUGAAGUGGAAGAACAAAAAGAGCAGAGAAUAAGGUCUCUCAGCUCAACCAGCAGUGGAAGCAAAGACAAGCUGGGCAAGGAAUGCAGUGAUGGGACUGCAACACCGCUAACACUCGCUGAGCUGAGACCAUACAAUGAAAGUGAACUGACUGCUGAGCUGACAAAUGCACUCAGGAGGGAGAAGAAGCUGAAAGCAAGAGUGCAGGAGUUAGUGAGUGCUUUGGAGAGACUCACGAAGAGCAGUGAAAUCAGACAUCAGCAGUCUGCAGAAUUUGUUAAUGACCUUAAAAGGGCAAACAGCAACUUGGUAGCAGCUUAUGAAAAAGCAAAGAAAAAGCAUCAAAAUAAGCUGAAAAAACUGGAAUCACAAAUGAUGGCCAUGGUGGAGAGACAUGAAACCCAAGUAAGAAUGCUCAAACAAAGAAUAGCUUUAUUGGAAGAAGAGAACUCCAGACCACACACCAAUGAAACUUCACUUUAAAUGCAUCUCUUUAAAGGAUGCUUAGUGCCAUUACAACUUUCUUUCUUUUGGAGGUUGACUUUAGGUAGCUUCAAAUGUUAAAAGCUCUGACUGUCACUGCUGACAAAACUUAAAAACACCUUCUCUGGGAUCCCAGAGGGGUGUCAUGGGGAUAAUAAAAGUGUUAACCUUAAGGACUCUUACGUAAUGUAAAAUGGCAGUGCCUGAAUUAUCAUGCUAUAAUUGUGUACAUUGUCUGUGUUGUUA